AUGACACUCUCCUAUACUUGUCGUUCUCUUUUAUCGUUAGGAGCGGCCAUAUUUGGUCUCUCUCCAUUGGUGUUAGGCCAACAGUUCCCAGGCAUCCGAUACCCGUAUGAACUGGAUGGGUUGAGUGAUGGGUGUUUGGCAGUGGUCAAUACCACGAUAUCAUCAUGCCCCGCUUGGCUUCACGUACACGCAGGUCUAUGGGACGCGAGUGUCAAAAUUCUUCCUCAGGAACAGCUUGACCAACUCUGCGAAACCACUUGUGCAGCAGAUCUGAAAACACUUCGGACUUCGAUUAUGGCAGCGUGUACAGAGCCAAAUGAUAUCAUGGUUCCACCCUGGAACAUAGCAUACCCUGCGACAUUCAUGAUUGACCGCUUUAUAUAUGCAACAAACCUCUCCUGCCUCCAAGACCAGCAAUCUGGUCGUUACUGCGAUCUUAUGGUUUCUGAGUGGGCAAAUGAUACUAAAGCUGCGGAAGAUCACGCUUGCUCCUUCUGUGAACUUGGUAUCCAGCAAGUUCAGCUCUCAUCACCCUUUGGCUACAGCGAUAAUGAUGCUGUGGAGUUCUCAUCCUUAACAUCAAGCUGCAGCGCCAGUGGGUAUAGCUAUGCCACGCCAACCAAAUACGCACUGAACUCGACCACUGCUGCGCCGGCUCCGACGUGCACAAGUUCGUGGUAUACUAUCCAGCCAGAUGACACCUGCGUAACAAUUUCCGGCGCUCAUAACAUCUCUACGUAUAACCUAAUUCAGGAAAACGCGAUGGAUGUUGCUUGCUACGCGGUGCACCUGCGCAAACGUCUUUGCCUCCCACAGCAAUGUAAGGUACAUCAACUUGGCAUGGCAGAAAACUGUCGAUCUCUAGUUAAAAGCUUGAAUAUUACAAUGGCACAACUCCUAGCUUGGAAUCCAAUGAUUAACUCGGGCUGUACGAACCUUGCCUCUUGGAGGGGUUGGUACCUUUGUGCAAGCUCGCCAACAAAAACAAUCCCGGUCCAGGAAGGUGGUUCCUUAAUAACCACGGCCCCAGCCCCGCGCCCAACUAAUGCCCAACCGGAGACAAAUACUAUAUGUGGACAAUGGUAUCAAGACUUCUAUUUCUUAAACCCACAGGUCAACCAGAAGUGUGAGAAUUUAUGGCUAAAUUACUCAUACUGUGUAAAACCCGUCGGCGACAUCACGACGUAUUCUGGGUAUCCUGUCUCAACCCCUUCAGUCACUUUCACAAGACCACGCCCCACGUCUACUUCCUCUAUGUCUACUGAGACCACGCUCCCGACUCCGGACCCCAGCCCCCUUGCUCCAGGGACUAUUGAAGGCUGUUACGAAUAUGGGGACCCAUGGGACGAAGAAACAGCUAAAAUUCUUCCCCCUGGGACGUCCCUCCAAGAUUUGAACUCCUGUCAAGGUUGGGCAUGGAAUGGUGAAGUAGAAUAUGACGAGCUACUCGCCUGGAAUCCGAGUCUUAUAUGGGAUAGAACUAAGCCAGCAGAGACUUGCUUUUUGAAACCAGGAUAUAGGUAUUGCAUUAGACGUUGGAAAGUUCGGCCGACUCGUCCCCACGACUUUUGUGUUGAGCCAAAUAUAAGGCUGAUACCCCCAACCUCAGUCCAGCAGUCGGAUUGUAACUGUUAUGUACAGCUACAUAAAAGUGAUAAGGACGACUUCAACUGUUCUAUGAUACCCGAGUUUGUGAAGACCAGUAUUCCAGAAUUCGUCGCUUUAAACCCCUGGAUAGGACAAAACUGUGAAGCAGACAUAUUUGACAGGGUAUCUGACGAUGGCUUUAUCCAGUUCUGCGUCGAGGGCUCAAAAUCAAGCUCGACAUCUACCGUAACAUCGGCUCCAUCCGCAACAUCGCUACCUCCAUCAACUCCCACCCAGCCAGGUGCUGCUAAAAAUUGCAAAAAGUGGACUGAGCAAGACAUAAUCCGGCACAGCGUAGGUGGACAGGAGAUAUUCGUGUUCUGGUGGUAA